AUGUCUUCGCCCAACACUACCACAACCAACCGGGAGCCCUUCACCCUCUCCUCCCCACCCGGCACAGACAUCUGGCGCAAGCCCCCCUCCCACAACGCCUUCAAUGCACCCACCCACCCCUCCAUCCUGCCCACCCACAAGCUCUCCUCCUUCCAGCGCGCCCGUCUCACAUUCGCCCUGCCUCCUGCCACCGAGCUCCGCCAAUACGACCAAGCAGGCCUGCUGCUGCACCUGACCAAAGAAGGUGUUCCCGACGACAAGACCAAAUGGCUGAAAACAGGCAUCGAAUGGUACUACAGCAAACCGUACAUCAGCACCGUUGGCUGUGACGCCUGGGCCGACUGGAGCGUGGUGCCCAUUCCGUCCUUUGCGGGCAACGACAGCCAGCCAACUGCUACCCUCGAGGCGAGGCGCGAAAAGGACGUCCUGGGCAAGAGCCUGUGGGUCUAUUGGAUUGUCAAGGCCGAGGAUGGAAAGGAAGAGGCGGUCCCCUUGAGAGAGGUGAACUGGUUCUUUGCUGACGAGGAGGGCUGGAGUGUCCGUGUUGGCGGAUACGUAGCUAGGCCGACGAAAGAGGGUGGGGAUGGGGAAUUGAAGGUGCAGUUUGCGCAGGGUGUCGAGGUGGAGCUUUUGGACGGCUGA